AUGAAGUCAGAGGGAGUACGUCUUUCCAAACGUAGCCUUGCUUCGCUGGCGUUGGGCCUGGCAUCGAUGAGCGUGAUGGUUCUAUCAACCGAGUCUUGGAGCCCUCCCUUGUUUCCUUCGUGUAUGCGACCACAGACUAUGGCAAUGAGUGCGACGAAAACAUCGACUAAAGAAACUAGUUUUGACGGAUCCUUCGGCAACCGCCGCCGGUUCGUAGCGGCGUUUGUAGGUGGCAGCUUGCUGUGGCGAACGGCUUCCUUUCCGUGCACGGCGUCGGAAGCAACCGCCAACGAUGCGACGACAAAUGCGGUAGAUCCCUGGGAUAAAUUCGGUCAAAGCUUGCAACAACAACAACAACAGCAGCCAAUGCCACAGAGUGUUUCAACGCCGAAAUGGCCCGAGACUUCCGCGUCACCCUUGCCACGUACGAUGGAUUCAAUUCCGUCGUCGUCGUCUGCUAGCGAGUACGGCAGCAAUUCUUCCAACGGGAACGACUUGGAACGAGCGAUUCAGGAAUCCAAGAAGAGACGACAGGUGGACCCGAGAACGCAUGGUUGAGUAGACGCCAAGGUCGGUAUGUAAAUAGGAAAGGUCACUGUACGGUGCAUAAUGACUAGGAGAAUCUGUAGAUCAGGAUGUUAAUGCGGGGGCGAAAUGCAGACAGGUCUAAACAGACUUAUUGCACAACAAUUUUAACAGUGAAAGCCCCUUUGAAGCACCAAUGGGCACGCAUUGCAUUUUUACGGUUGAUUAUAAUCCUUUCAACCCUUC